UUAGCUGACGUCACUUUUGUUCAUUGAAGUGAAGCUGAACAAACCUUGAGAAGAGUCUCCCUCAAUCUGCUGUAUAGUAGUAGCCUAACUAACACACACACAGACUCAAUUACAGCCCAAUUUCGUUCUUUAUAAUCUCCUGGCACUGUCCUCAAACAACGCAAAUCUGGGGGAACAUAACGCUAUUUUAAAUAGUAACUGACGUGAAGGAGGAUACAUAAAGUGACGGAAAUAAGCUUGCAGAGCCGUGAUGUCACAGAAUUGAGGAUCCUUCAACAAUAUGGAGUCUGGAGAGCGGCUGGCCUCCCCAUCGUCAGCCCCGUCCUCCCUGCAUAUCACCACGUCCGCUGUCUCCUCCGUCGGCUCCUCACCUGCCCCUGCCUCGGCCAAGACACCCUCCUCUAAGUGCAGCGUCACCCCCAGCCACGCCGCCCUGGGCUCCCCUCUCACCACCUGUGGACACUUGUUCCGGGCGGCAGGCGAUCAACAUUUCAACAUGUCUACGGUCUCAAGUGCCUUUCCCAUCGUCAACCACCCAGCAUUUGGUCUGUACACUACCAGCUCAGGGCGCUCAGAGUUUGGAGGCCUGGGCUCCCUGGGGAUGUCUGCUGCCUUGGCUGCUCACUCCCAGCUAGGUGCCUUUCCAGAAUGGUGGCGGGCAGCUGAGGCUCAGGGGCGGGGAGCUGCAGCCUUCUUUCCCCAUCUCCUGGGGCUCCCGCCCAUGUUCCUACCCCAACUCCAGCAGAGCCACGACCCCAGCCCCUUCCAGGCCCGCACCCCCAGCAAGAACGGACGAGCCACAGCCAAAGGAGUGAACGGAGCUGUGAAUGGCAGCAGGAUCUCCACGGUGUCUGGGAGCAGCUUCAGCACAACCGCCACUACGUUCUCAACACAGGGGAACACGGAGAAACAGAAAGCCACCAACGGAAGCGUCAGAAGCCGCAAAAGCCACCAGCAUGUGACCCAAGUGAAGGAGAAGAGCGUUCAGAAAACUAAAGAGAAGAAACUCAGCAAGAAACCAGUGGAGGCGUCCAGCAACAGUGACAGCGAAUCAGGUUCUUCCUCGGAUAUCUCCAGCGACGGGGUGAACAGCAGUGACUCAGACGACCUAGACGAGGAGGAUGACGAUGACGAUCAGAGCAACGACAGCGACGAUUCUGACUCGGAGAAGGAGAGCCGUGUAAAGAGGACGAUUAAGAGCCUGACACGGAGCACUGCCGGCAGCAAGAAGAGACCCCACGCUGCUGAAGGCGAGAACGCUCGGGACAGCCGGAGUGGUCUGCUUCAGAAACAUCCAGAUGAGGCCUUUCUCCAUUUCCUCCGCUACCCGCUCCAACCCUCACCCCAGCCCCCAGCGCUGUCCCAGUCCACAUCCCUAGUCUUCCAGAGRUCCAGGAARAGGGAGGAAGAACUCAAGCAGCACACCAGUGUGAUCCAGGCUACGGGGCUGGCCAGUACUAAACCCUUGGCUCUGGUCAAACCACGCAGGGAGGCCUCAUCGUCUCCUCAACCCACCAGGCACUUCUCUCUCUCUUCCUCACCCAAACCCUUUUCUCUUUCUUCUUCACCUAAACCAAACUCUCUCUCUUCAUCUCCCAAGCCCGUCUCCCUCUGCUCCUCUCCGAAGCCCUUGUCUCUCUCCUCUUCACCCAAGCCUCUCUCUCUGUCUUCGUCCCCCAAACCACCCACCCUUUCGCCCUCACACAACCCCAAAUCUCGGACGGGCUCCCCCAAACCCCUCACCUUGUCUGACAGUAUGAAGUCGGGAAGCCGAAACUUCCUGGAUGAAACCUUGUUACACAUCAACAACUUUAAAUUGAAACAGCCCUUCGUCUCCCAGGAGCACUUCAAACAGGCCUUCCCUCUGCCAGUGAUGCGUCAGGAUCUGUUCAAGAGCCCGAAGAAAAAGAAAAUGGCCGCCUCAUCGUCCUCCUCAUUAGCACCGCCCAAACUGUCUCCAGAGACCCCGAGCAGUCACAGGCUCCCUUCUCCACACACCAACCACUCCAACCUGUUCCUGGCCUCCUCCCUCCUUGGCGCCCACCCCAAAGGGGUGAUCCACAGCAAGGUGCAGGAUGCCCCCCUGGCCCUCAUCAACAAGCCUCGCAGCAGCAGUCAGAACAGGAGCACCAUCAACAAUCCUCUCCUGGCUGCCACCAGCCCACCCUUCCCUAUGCCUGUCAACCUGAGCACUGGGCAUAAGGAGCACAGCUCUGGAGCCCUAGGCUGGGCCUCUACCUCACCGGGCCUGGCCCACAGAGCUGGGAAGAGCAAGGCCCAGCAAAAGGCUCUCCACACAGGGAAAGGUAUCUCCCAGACCCACCUGGUGCAGUCCCAGGUGGAGCUGUUCCGGGGCACAGAGUCUGACAUCCCCAGCAGCAAGGACUCUGACGACUCCGACUCCGAUGAUGAACAUGAUGACGACGACGAGGAGGAGGAUUCUGAUGACAGCCUAUCAGAGUCUGAGAGUAAUCUGGAGAGCGACUCAGACGACGUGAAGGACCGCGACGAGACCACUACGGACACGGAGGCAGAUAGGACCCCUCUGAAGCAUGCCAAAGGCUCCUCUUCUCUACUCGACACCACCUCCUCCAGCCUCUCAGCCAGCUGCUCCCCUCUCAACCUCCAGGUCAUCAAGGCAUCCGGUGGCCUGCCCACCCCAGCCAUGGUGACCAGCUCUGGGGCCUUGGCCUACCACAGCACCCCCUCUUCCUCAUAUACUCUCUGCUCUACUCCACCAGGAACAGGGAAGAGAAGGAGAGUGACGGAUGAGAGAAAGCUGCGGACACCUCUAGAGUUUGGGUGGCAGAGAGAGACUCGUAUCUGUAAUGUGGCGGGCCGUCUGCAGGGCGAUGUGGCGUACUACGCCCCGUGUGGGAAGAAGCUCCGGCAGUACCCCGACGUGAUGAAGGGAUUGCAGUGGAGCUUGUUGACCGAGGAUGAGGUGAUUCCUCGUAUCCUGGCCAUGGAGGGGAGGCGUGGGCAUCCCCCUAAGCCUGAGCACCAGAGGAGAGGUGACAAGGGCCCCAGGUCCAGGCGCAGUAAGGGUCGACUUCCUAACGUUGGCGAGGCCGACUUCCCAGGCGCCACUGACGCCAAACUUCUACGCAAACUGGAAGCUCAAGAGAUAGCUCGACAAGCAGCCCAGAUUAAAAUGAUGAGGAAACUUGAAAAGCAGGCCAUGGCACUAGCAGCCAAGGAGGCAAGGAAACAACAAGCAAMCAUGGCUGCUGAGGAGAAGCGGAAACAGAAGGAGCAAGUGAAGAUUGUAAAGCAGCAGGAGAAGAUCAAGCGCAUUCAGCAAAUUCAAAUGGAGAAGGAGCUCAGAGCGCAGCAGAUUCUCGAGACUAAAAGGAAAAAGAUUGGCAUAGUCGCUAUUCGGAAAUUGGAGCUUAGAAGACUGGAACUGGAAAUUGCCAAGGAGCUGAAGAAGCCAAAUGAAGACAUGUGCUUAGCAGAUCACAAGCCUCUCCCAGAGUUAUCCCGUAUUCCCGGCCUGGUUCUACCAGGAAGCAGCUUCUCUGACUGCCUGAUGGUGAUGCAGUUCCUGCGGAGCUUUGGGAAGGUGCUGGGCUUCGACGUGGACGCCCACAUACCCAACCUGAGCGUGCUGCAGGAGGGCCUGCUCAACCUGGGAGACAGCAUGGGACAGGUCCAGGACRUGCUGGUGCGCAUGCUCUCUGCUGUGGUGUGUGACCCCGGACUGCCACCAGGACACCGGACCAAGACGGCCCUGGGGGACCACCUGUGUAAUGUGGGCAUCAACCGGGAUAACGUGUCGGAGGUGCUGCGGGUCUACAUGGAGGCUCACUGUGGAGGGACGGAGCUGCAGACUGACCUGGGGGAGGUCACGGCCAGUCUGAAGACCAAGGCUUUCCAGGCCCACACAGCCGCACAGAAGGCCUCGGUCCUGGCCUUCCUGGUCAACGAGCUGUCCUGCAGUAAGAGUGUGGUCAGCGAGAUCGACAAGAACAUCGAUCACAUGACCAACCUGCGACGGGACAAGUGGGUCAUCGAGGGCACGCUUCGCAAGCUGAGGACCAGCUACGCCAAGAAGACUGGGAAGAGGGACAGUAGUGUGGGGGGAGAGGAGACCCAGUCCCUGGGUACACCCACCCCCGGACAGAAACGCAAGAGGAAAGGAGGGGACAGCGAGGAGGACGAGGAUGAUGACGAGGACAGCGAGGAUCAGGGGGAUGAAGACGAGGAGGAGGAGGAGGAGGAGGAGGAGAGAGGGAAGAAGGGGAAGAAAGUGGAAACCUGUGAGGAUGAGGAUGAUGGGGACCAGACAUCCAGUGUAGAGGAGCUGGAGAAACAGAUUGACAAAUUAACCAAGCAACAGAGUCAGAUCAGACGGAAGCUGUUUGAGUCGUCCCACUCGUUGCGCUCCAUGAUGUUCGGCCAGGACCGCUACAAGCGGCGUUAUUGGGUGCUGCCGCAGUGUGGGGGCGUCUUUGUGGAGGGUAUGGAGAGUGGCGAAGGAGCAGAGGAGCUGGGAAAGGAGAGAGAGAGACUGAGGACCACAGAGCUGGUCCAGGUGAAGGAGGAGGUGGAAAGGAGGCCGCAGGAGGUGGAGGGGAGGCUAGGGGCGUCCACCCUGGAGGGUAGCCGUGACAAGCACACCGCCACACCAGACAAGCACAACCUCAACCUCUUCCUCCAGAAGCCCGGCUCCUUCUCCAAACUCAGCAAACUCCUGGAGGUGGCCAAGAUGUCCCCGGACUCAGACAACCACCCUCACAGUCUGAGCUGUAGUCUAGCCAAAGUCCCCACCACAGUAUCCUCCCCUAUCCGCCCCACCAUUCAGACUACACUACCCAGCAACCCCUCUGCAUCUCCCUCUCCGCUGUGUCCAGAGGUGAAAGCGGAGCCUUCCACAGCCCUCCUCAGCCCGCCCUACCUCAGCAGCGGCCCAGGGAAGAUGUCCUCCAGCCCCCAGCAGCUCCAGCCCAAUGACCAGCUCUUCAGGGUGCUGACGGAGAAGAACUGCCACUGGUUCAGCCUGCUUCCCCGCUCCCCGUGUGACGAGUCGUCCGUCACCACCAGCUCCACCACCACCCCCCCGGCCUCCUCCCCCUAUUCCUCCUCAACCACCAGGCCCAAGUCCCCCUCCUCCCUGUCUUCUAAUCCACUAGCCUCCACCUCAGCCAGCCCCAGCAAUCUCACCACUGGGAUCAAUAACUUCCCUUUUUCAGCUCUCCAGCAGGUGAAGUCUGGCGUCCAUAUGAUAGGUCUGCCAUUCUGUGGAUGGCCCGGUGGCAUGAUGAUCCCCACCCUGCCCUUCUCUGCCAGUCCACUGCCCCCCUCCACGCUGGCCGCUGCCUACCACCAUGUGGAGGGUAACGGCAACCCCUUCCUGGCAGUGCCCCCUGGAGAGAAGCCCCCCUCUGCCCCGUCCCCCGUGGUGGAGGUGGCCAAGACCCAGGACUACCCCGACCCACUGCCCAUUCCAGAGGAGAUGCUGUCAGGCUGGUGGAGAGUGGCAGAUAUGGAGGAGUUGAGGAGCUUGGUCAAGGGCUUGCACUGCAGAGGUAUCAGAGAGAGGGCCCUGCAGAAACAGAUCCAGAAACACAUGGAGUACAUUGCACAGGCCUGUGCCAAGAACAGAGAUGCGGCGGUGAUAGACGAGUACAAGCUGGAAGAGAACGGUGUGAGCGAGGAGACAGUGGAGAGCUGGUGUGUGGAGGAGCAGGCCAUGGAGAUGGACAUCGCUGUUCUGCAACAGGUGGAGGAGCUGGAGAGGAAGGUCACUUCGGCCAGCCUGCAGGUUAAGGGUUGGAUGUAUCCGGAGCCCCAGUCAGAGAGAGAGGACCUGGUCUACCAUGAACACAAACCCUUCACUAAGCUGCUUCUAGCAGGAGAGGAGCAGCUUGCAGGGGAGGAGGCGGCCAACGGCGGCUGCAGCCUGGUGCGGCGCGUCAACAACCCCCUAGAUAUAGCUGUAACACGGCUAGCCGAGCUGGAGAGGAGCAUCGAGCGAAGGGGGGAAGAGGAACUGGCCCCGGGCAUGAAGGUAUGGCGCAAGGCCAUGGGCGAGGUCUGCAGCGCCGCCCAACUGUCUCUCUGCAUCCAGCAGCUCCAGAAGUCCAUUGCCUGGGAGAGAUCCAUCAUGAAAGUGGCAAGCGGUCAAUCCCCCAAGAGUAAGAAGCAGCAGCAGAGCCGAGCGGGGGCAGCCGUGCGAGGAGGGAAGAGAACGACCGAGGUAAAACAGAACAGGAAACCGUCGUCUGUAGCCAGCGGAGAGGUCUCUGAGGACGAUGCUGCCAGCACCAGCAGCAGCACGCCAAAAAAAGUGAGUAAAGAGACCAAAAAGAGGAAGAGCCCAGGAGAGGGGAGCCCAGCCACCAAGCAGUCCAAGCAGGACAGUACUCCCGUCUGUGUGAAGAAGGCGAAGACGGCCACAUCAGCCAGAGACAAUGAAAAGGAUCUGACGUUGUGCAGGGUGCUACUGGUUGAGCUGGAGGGUCACCAGGAUGCCUGGCCCUUCCUUAACCCUGUCAACCCCAAAUCUGUCCCUGGCUACAAGAAAGUCAUCAGGAAACCCAUGGAUUUCUACACAAUCCGAGAGAAGCUCGUCAACAGCCAGUACUUGAACCUCGAGACGUUUAUAAUCGACGUUAACUUGGUUUUUGAUAACUGCGAAAAGUUUAAUGAAGACAAUUCGGACAUUGGACGAGCCGGACACAACAUGAGGAGGUUUUUUGAGAAUAGAUGGAAUGAGCUGUUAAAACAAACCAACUAGGCUAGUUUGGACUACUUUAUCCUCACUAUACUGUAUGGGACCAGCAGUAACCACAAGCAGAGCAGCUGGAUUGGUGUAAAGUCUCUCCGUCAGCAACCAGGGAACUUGUAAUUCUACACAUUCACUUCAGUGAUGUACAGUAGAAUGACGUUUUUUUUAAGAGCAGAGAAAUGCACCCAAAGGGAUUCACACAAAAGUGGUGGGUGUUUUUAAAGUGCAAUACCAUUUCCUAGAAGAAACCACAUCAGAGCUGUAACUGGGAACAAAAACGUUCCAACUAACUGUACUUAUAGUUUAUUUUUAUUUUUAUCAUUAAUAUUCAAGUGAAUGUAUUUAAUUUAGUCAAUUAUUUAUGAGUGAAAAUGGUUCCGUUUUCUAAGACGAGGAAGACAAAAACAAAACUGCUUGAACAAAAAUCUCACGGAAUGUUGUUUUUGUUGACAUAAAACAAAACCAAGAGAAAAAAAUGAAUUGUUUACACUGCUCUGCGCCGCCGGGGAACCACAAGAUUCCUGACGGUAUUACUGUAACACUGCAUUUCAAUGUAUCUUUACAUUGCUCGCUAACUUCACACGGACAGUGAGGCAGCAAUGACAUCUGUAUAUACUGUUCAUUCAUGUUAAUAUGAAGUAUUGUUUGUAAUAUGUGUACAUACAGUAUUGUUACAAGAAAUCCGAUAUUGUUUAUGCCUUUGAUUGUGGUGUUUCAUUUCAGUCUAAAGUGAUAAAUACAUGUAUAUUACCUGUAAUGUAUAUCCUCUGCAAACACUGUGGUCCCUUCACUCUGGGUAAUGCCUGCCCUCUCAAAUGUGUAUGGAGGAUAUUAUUUCAAUCUUUUGGUUUAGCAUUCCUUCAAAAAGGUGUGUGUGUGUAUACACCAGUAUACAAAAUGUCAACUCUGGUGGGCUUCGAAUUCUGACAUUAUCAUCCUAUCGUCAGUAUAGAAUCCAUUGUGAUGCACAGUACCUUUCAUAAAAGAUGUUCUCUCCAUUUGCUUUGCCACAGACCCAAGGACACAGGGCGUUUGUAAUAACCACUGUGUUUGAAUCUUGCUGUGUCAUGGUCUACUGGUGCCAUGUACAGCAGUUUCUUUGUACCUGAGUCAGAGUACUUGAAGUUAUUUUAUUUAUGAAUAUUGUGGGGYAAAGUCUUUUUUUUGUAGGAGCAUUAUUUUUCACUAGUGUGUGGGGCACGGAUCUAAUAUAAAGGAUCUUUUUCAACUCUG